AUGAGAAACUACGUUCAAUUCAUCACGACCCCGACAGGGGACACACCUGGCACUACUGUUAUGAUUCAUUUUGACAGCAAGCGCUAUCUGUUUGGAAACGUGUCAGAGGGUACGCAGCGUGCCUGCACACAAACGGGUGCGCGAUUGGCCAAGGUAUCCGACAUUUUCGUUACUGGAAAGACGGAAUGGGCAACCGUUGGGGGUGCCAUUGGCAUGAUCUUGACAUUGGCAGAUGUGACUGGUGCUGCGGCCGCCGAUGCUGCCGAAAAACAAAAAGGAAAGGUGGCACGUAAAGGUAUUGACGGAGAGCAUACCACCAGUUCUGAUCUUAAGCCUACCUUGAACAUUCAUGGAAGUUCAAACCUCCUACACACUCUGGCAACAGCACGAAAAUUUGUUUUCAGGAAGGGAAUGCCAGUCAAUGUUGAAGAAUACUACGAUGACCGUACUCCUCGCUAUAGUGGGACAGAUAUUCCACCUUCUUGGGCAGAUUCGAACCUGAACGUAUGGGCUAUGCCGGUUUGUCCCGCCGGGGUCAAUCCGAAGGGAUGGGCCUCUGGGGAUAAGAGUCCCGGCAAGCGGACAUUUGAUGAGAUGGACGAGUCAGAGGAAGAUCUGGCUGCAAAAUUUGACCGGGAUAAUCAAAUGCGCAAAUCUAUCGUCGGCGAAAUGUUUAACUCGUCAUGGCGACUUGAUGCAAUGGAGGAGACGCAUAUCUCGCAAGUAGAUAUGCCGGCCACCUUGUUCGUCCGAAACAGAAGCACUCGCCAGAUUGAGAAGUAUGAAGGUCCCAUGCCCGGCGGACCAGAGCCACUUCCUGACAUCAAAGUGCUCGUGAGAAAGCCGUGGCCGGGAGCGAUGAUUAGCAAAUUGCCAAGCACAUCGCCUUCGCCCGUUGCCAUGUCCUGGAUAGUGCGCAACCAUCCACAACGCGGCAAGUUCCAACCCGCAAAGGCGAAACAGCUAAACGUAAAGAAUCCCAGGCAAUUUGGUGAACUUGCGUCUGGAAAGAGCGUCAUCGCUGAUGAUGGCAAGACGGUCACACCGGACAUGGUGCUUAGCCCAGGAAAACAAGGGGGUGGUAUGGCAAUUGUGGAACUACCAUCUGCCGAUUACGUGGCGCCUUUACUGGAAAGGAGAGAGUGGAAAUCAAAAGAGGUCAUGGACGGUAUCGAAGCAAUCAUCUGGAUCCUUGGGCCAGGCGUGAUAGGAGACCAGUUGCUCAACAAAUUCGUUACCGAGAACAAGCAAUUCAAGCAUAUAGUAUCAUCGCGAGAUGUCUGUCCGAACUAUUUGUCCAUGGAUUCUGCAGCUGCUGCUACCGUCCGACUUAGCCAGCUAGAUUCGGACAGGUUUCCUUUGCUGGUACAUGACAAUCGUACUCUGCCUCAGCCUGGAUAUGGAUUGAAAGAUUUUGUUCUGCCCUCGAACUCCCCGUUCAUAGCAGCGGACAGAGGGCUCAAGGUGCAACUCGAGCCAUCGGUGGAAGUGCAACAAGAUGCUCUUGUACCAUUUGUCAAUACUGGAAGAGUCAUUAGGGAGACGGAUCCUGAGGUCAUUCGGUUAGCGGAUCAGGCAAAGAAAGAAAUUUCUAGUGAUGUUUUCAGAUCUGAGCUUGAACAGAAACAGCGCGACAUACCCAGCAAAGACGCGGAGAUUAUUACUCUCGGAACCGGCUCGGCUUUGCCUUCGAAAUACAGGAAUGUUUCUGCCACUCUGUUGCGAGUUCCGGGCUACGGAUCCUACUUGCUGGAUUGUGGAGAGAACACUCUUGGCCAACUUAGACGCGUGUUUCCACCAGAGGAAUUACGCGAAGUUCUCCAUGACCUUCGGGCGAUUUGGAUCAGCCAUCUCCACGCCGACCAUCACCUGGGUGCUGCGUCUGUUAUCAAAGCAUGGUACAAGACUGUGUAUGGGGACAAUCCUCCACAAAAUACACCUCUCCACGACGCCGAUCUUCUGGCCAGAUUAGAAGACUCCCUGACUGAGAAACGCCUGUUUAUCUUCUCCGAUAAGGGCUUCAUUCAAUGGCUUCGCGAGUACUCCAUGGCUGAGGAUAUUGGAUAUUCCAAGUUGAUGCCGGUGACGGUCAAGUGGGUACAAGCUAGCAAGACUACCGAAUUUUACAUUGGUGAUUCUCGCGAGGCGCAGAUCCUCUCCGAGAAUGAAGAACUAAACGCCAAAUUCGCUGCCGCGACGGGUCUCCAGUCUUUUCAAGCACCAGAUGUAAAUCACUGCCGAGGCGCCAAAGCUCUCGUACUUUCCUUCCCCAAUGGCUUCAAAUUUUCUUACAGUGGGGAUGCCCGGCCGUCCAAAAGUUUUGCCGAAGCCGGAAAGGGAUCUACCGUUUUACUUCACGAAGCCACAUUUGACGACGAACUCCAGAGCGAUGCCAAGGCUAAAAAGCACAGCACAACUAGUGAAGCACUGGCUGUUGGACUGGAAAUGGGUGCACGGAGAAUCAUGCUCACACACUUUUCCCAACGCUACCAAAAGAUUCCAAACAUGGACGCUCUUGAUGGCAAGCUCCCUGCGCUGGAGGAGGAUGCAGAUGCUCCACCGCCGGCUGCCGACGCCGCAGACGAAGAUAAGGGCGGUCAAAUUCGACGAGGAACUCACCAGACGAAGGAGCAUUCAACUGCUUCCCCUUCAAUCCCUCCAGCCGAGGCCAUCGACAGAGCGAAGCGAGGGGAUGUCAAGAUUGGAGUCGCCUUUGACUAUAUGCGCGUCAAAGUCGGCGAGAUUGCCCAUCUGGAAAAGUUCACACCCGCCUUUCUGAAACUGUACGAGGAAAAGGAAGCCGAGGAGAGCAUUGCUCCUGGCGACGAGCUUGAGCCUGACGAGAAACAGAAAAAGAUUCAGGAAAAGCAAGAAAAGAAAAAAACCAAGGGCCAGAAACAUGAUCAAAAGAAUAAACCAAAGGUCUCAAAGGAGAAGAACAAGAAGGACGUCCGCCAGGAACAUCAACCUGCCGGCGGGGAACCGAUGCAGUUGUGA